GAAAACUGAAUGCAAUAUAUAUUUUUAUUUUUGGAUCAGUUGUACCGUUUGUUUCAUUUCAAUCCUUGAUUUUCUACUGGACUGGUUCUAAUUGUAUUUUCAAAGAGUAGUCCGAGAAAGAAUGUUUCUAAAGCCAUUUAGGGUAAAGAGACAAAAUACUUUAAAAGGAUCAGACAAAAAGAAAAUUAAAAAUGACAUAGGAAAGUUAUAUCGUAUAGAGGAAAAUGUACUAUCAGAAUUAUUCCCAGCUAAAGGUGACAUGUCAGUGGCUAAAGUAGAACUUCACAGUGGAGAAAUAGCUAAUAUCUAUUCUUGUCAGAAGAACCCUAUUUUCUUCGAAAUUAACAAAAAAUGGUUUCCAUCAGUUUAUGCAUUGUGGAAAGCUCCUGAAAUGUUACCAGUAUUUACAACAUGGCCUCCAGUGUUUACUAAGCUAGCAGUCGGUGCAGAUCUGAUGUUGCCAGGUGUUGUUGUAUCAGGACAAGUUCAUAUGGGAACAUUCCGUGGUAUUAAGAAAGGUGAUAUUGCCAGUAUAAAGCUUGUUGGAAAUAGAUCACCAAUGGCUGUAGGAGAAACAUUAUUAUCAGGAGAAGAUAUGUAUUUAUCUGCUAUGAAAGGAAAAGGAGUUAAACCAUUACAUAUGAUGGGAGAUCUAUUAUGGGAAAUGGGUGACCAGUCUGUACCUCCAUUUCUAAAAGAUGAUCUGGAUAUAGAUGUCGAAGAUUCUGAUGAAGAAGGAGAGACCAGUAAAGUGAAAAAGUCAACUGAGAUUAACAGUCAAUCUGCAGGUCUCUCCAUGGAGACACUAUCAAUAGAUAAUGAUAAUAAUGAAACUGAAGGAGCUACUGCCAAUAUAUCUCAAUCAGAAGAAGAAUCAGAAGAAAGUUCUGAAGAAGAAGAAGAUCCCAAAGAGGCAAUGGACGAAUUGCUGAAUUACUGUUGUUUAUGUGCUUUAAAGGGAAAAAUGAAGAAAUCAGAUCUUCCUCUAUCAACUGGUAUCUUCUUUAAAAAUUUCUUACAGCCUUAUUGCCCGGAAGAUAAAUAUAUUGAUAUUAAAAAGUCUAGUUAUAAAAAGCUCUCCAAAUUUCUACAGACAAUAGAAGCUAAAGGUAUACUUAAAGUCAAAACAUUAUCUAAAGGAAUGGAUAGUAUUGUAGAAUUUGAUAAAACACAUGAAGAAUUGAAAGAUCUUGAAGUACCAGAAAUAGUAAUACCUACCAGUACUAGUUCUAAUGAAGAUGAAUUUCAAUCACCUACUAUAGCAGAUGUUUUCUGUAUUCCUGCUAAUCUUUUAUAUUUUUUUAAACCUAGAAAAUAUAGUAAGGGACAGGGUAUAACAGCAGAUGAAGUGAGACAAGGAUUAACUGAUUAUGUUAAGACAAAUGACCUACAACUUUCUGAAGACAAAUCGUUAAUAAAAUUAGAUCCAAUAUUAGCUGAGAUAGUGUUAAGGAAAACAGAAUGUGAUGUUGUUACUAUGAAAUGGGAUUUAGCUAAGGCUAGAUUAUUUGAGAAGAUGCAGCCUGGAUUUCAGAUAACUUUUCCUGGUAAACCUCCAAUAAUUAAGAAAGGAAAAAUAGACCCCAUUAAAAUUGAUGUGGUUCAGAGGAUGGGCAAUAAAAAAGUAACAUUGAUAGAUAAUGUAGAAACAUUUGGAAUAGAUCCAGAUAAAUUUGCUCACCUAAUACAAGUGAAGAGAGCUUGUAGUACUACAGUCAGUCCAUCUAUACAGAAAAAUAAAGGUUUACAGAUAUUAGCUCAAGGAAACCAGGUGGAUUUUAUAAGACAAUUGUUAAUAGAAAAAUAUAAAUUACCACUUAGAUUUGUGGAAGGCUUAGAAAAGGGAAGUAAUAAGAAGAAAAAGAAAAGAUAAUGGUGAAUUCGCCUCUGGGAUGAAGUCAAACUGAUAGGUCUGAUGGUGAUGAGUUGGUGCUGAUGAAAUAAGUUUUUGAAUAAAUUCAUUUUUAAAUG